AGCACACACAGCCUACAAGAGCGGUAGCUUCAGGCAGAAUGCAGAAUCGUGGGGCGGGCCCUCAAGCUGUGACGCGGCUUGUCAUUAUUCCACUUGUCUCCGAGGCCCACGACAAUGCCAGUGCCAGUGCCAGCGCCAGCGCCAAUGCCGAUGCCGAUCCAAAGCAGAUGUAGAUGCAGAUGUAGAGGCAGCUUUCGUCACAACCCCGAUAAAUAAAGGUCAAUCAAAACAUACAUACGUACAUAUCUACAUACAUGCGCACACUUAAAAGCUACCAGCCGUUCCUCCCUUUCCUUGCUCUCCCGUCACGUCAGAUCGCCAUUCAUGCCAACCUACAGUGCAUGACUUCUCUACUUGGGCGGUCAGGCGGUAUCUGAAAACAUGUCUUCCACCAACAAAUUCGACGACGAAUGGGUCGCCGACCUCCUAGACCAGGAAGCGGCUGACUGCGCUCUCAAAUACUCCACCAUGGGCAUGGAGGCCUACACCAAGUCCGCCAAGCGUCCCUCAAACCUUCCCAAGCCAAACACACGCUUCCUAUCCAGUAUUGUCAAGGCGACCAACAACCACAACCGGAACCUUCUCGCUCAAGAACGUGCGGAAUCACAAGCUCGCCUGAACAGUCUGGACCGCACCAAGCAUGAGAGUGAAGAGCGCGAAAAAAUGCGUCGUCCAGGAGCCGCUGACACCCGCAAGCGCAUGCUAGGCGGCAUCAACGCUAUCAUCGGUGGCUCGUCUAAGAAGCGCAAAACCGACGACGACGACAGCACCAAGGAUCUCGAAAAUGACCCCAAGCGCCUUAGGCAGGACCGAGGAGAUAUUCACGCCCCUGGUAGAGCACAUCGGCACCACGACGACGACAGAGAUGGCGACCCACCCGCCAGAAAGGACAGAAAUGCUAGGAAAGAGCUGUUCGCUGACCACGGCCCGAGGCGGGGUCAUCCGCGCGGCCAUCGUGAAGAAGAGCGAACGAGGCUGACGCCAGAGUCAAGAUCGAGGUCGAGGUCGAGGUCGAGGUCGAGAGAGCGCAGACAUCGCAGCCAUAGACACAACGAUCGUCACCGACGCACGCACAAUGGAGAUCGUCACCAGGUCUCCCGAAACGUGCAAAAGGACCACGAUCCUACAAAGACUCGCGCAAAGGAACAGCUCUCCAACGACUCAGAUUCUGAUCCCCUCGAAGAUCUCAUUGGUCCCAAGCCGCCGUCUCCCGUCCGGAAAAGAGGCCGUGGCGCAACGUCAGGAACGUCAGCCAUGGACGGUCGCUUUGAAUCAGGCUACGAUCCAAAAACUGAUGUUGCUCUGGGCCAUGAGGAGGAGGACGAUGACUGGGGCUCGUCAUUAGAGGCGCUUCGUGCUCGCGAGGAAUGGAAGCAGAAAGGCGCCGAAAGGUUGCGCCAAGCCGGCUAUACCGAUGUAGAAGUGAAGAAAUGGGAGAAGGGGGACCAGAAGAACGAAGAAGAUGUGCGAUGGACCAAGAAAGGCGAGCAACGGGAGUGGGAUCGAGGCAAAACUUUCAAGGACGGCAUGUAGGAAAUGCGUCGGAAGUCUCCCUCAAGCGCUCUCCUACAGUCGUUUAGUAGGACUCGCCAGCCAUUAGAUCAUGUCUGGCACUGAAACCAGCAAGCACUGAUGCAGCAGAGCAUAGCCCGCAUUCCAGGUGUAUUCGUACCACGUGGCUAAUUGCGGAUUCGAUUUAAAGUUGGAGACAACAUCACAAUGAUUUGGGCGACAUUGCAUUUGCGGAGUUCAUGAGAUAUGAUAGAUUGCAUAGAGCGGCGUUUUGGUAUUGGGCCCGGUCUUUUGACUUACUGAAUUGAACUUUACCCCUAUGGCCAAAUGCCAAUAGCUGUUAACACAUCCUUCCCCAUUAUAUAAUUUUCC